GGGCCACCGUAGUUGCUUCAGGCGAGUCGUCAUGUGACGUAGAAAAAUGUCAACAUCACCGAACACUGCACAACGAAACCACCACAUUGCACUUAAUAGACGUUGUUUUUCUUCACAUACAAAAAUGAAGACGUUUUAGUGCUACCUUAUCCAAUCACCUGUCUGUUAUUUGGCUGUCACUACACAGGAUGGCUGUCCCUCACAGUGGCCAGUCCUCCCUUGUACCCAGCUUGGCAACUCUCCUCAGGAAUGACGGCGACGUGGUGCUGGACGGCACCAGCACGCUGACCCUGGCGGCGGGCAGCCUGCAGCAGCUCACCAGGCUGUUUGAACAGUAUUUGCUGCCCAGGAGCCAGCAGCAUGGGUUCCUGGCGUUGCCCUCCCACCCCGCCGACACCGCCUCCCUGCUACAACUGCAGUUCCUGUUUGACGUCCUGCAGAAGACGAUCUCGCUCAAGCUCAUCAACCCGCCGGGGAUAAGACUUCAGUCUGUGGUGAAAAUCUUCCCAUUCAAGUCUUUGAAAUAUUUGGAGCUGAAGCGAGUCCCUCCGCACUGUCUGGAAGGACUCAGAGGAGUUUACUCCCAGUUGGAGGUCUUUACUUGUUCAAAGAGCCUUGACUCCCUGGAGGAGCUGCUCUCUCUGUGUGGAGGGGACCUGAGCUUAGCGCUGCCUUGGCUGGAACUGCACACGCUCAACUUCAGCUACAACUCCAUUGUCUGCCUUGACCAGUCACUAAGUUUACUGAACGUCCUGAAGUCCUUGGAUGUAAGCCAUAACAAGAUUCAGGAGUGUGCUGAAUUUCUAAAGCCUCUGAGUGAACUUCAACACUUGAACCUGGGCUACAACUGCCUGCAGAUGGCGCCGACGCUGGGCCCGAGUGCCAGGGCCAAACUCCUCUCACUCAUCCUCCGAAACAACGAACUGGAGACCAUUAACGGUGUGGAGCAGUUGUCUUCUCUCCAGCACUUAGAUCUGGCCUACAACCUGCUGUUGGAGCACUCCCAGCUGGCUCCGCUGUCCCUGCUGCACUGCCUCCACACGCUUAACCUGGAGGGGAACCCGCUGUACUUCCAGAAGACCCACCGUACCUCCACCGUCCAACAUCUCUCCCCAAAGGCCGCAAACCUCAGACUCAAACUUGACGCCUCCUCGCUGUCCUCGUCUGAGUUAUCAGUUUUGACCAAACAAGGCCAGCGGAUGGUCCAGGUCCAACCCGCACCUCCAGUUGCCAUGGCUGCAGAAGUGUCAGUGGAUGUGUCCAGCGGUGCUGGGGAGCUAAGUGACAGCAUGUCAUUUGGAGACGUCUCUCGCAUCCGGAAGAAGAAAUCCAAGAGUAAGGUGAGAGUGCGGCGGGCCAGUAUUUCCGAGCCCAGUGACACCGACUACAGUUGCAGGCUGCGUUCCUCCUCACAGAGCAUCGUCCUCCACCACCAGCAGGAGAUUGAGCGCAUGUCCAGCUUCAGAGACCAGCUGGGAGAGGAUUGGCUGAGGUACCAGCAUCACCUCGACGGAUCGCCCAACGCCGCCGUCAACGCGAACCCGCCCCCUCCUCAAGCUCAACCCCCCGUCAACGGCUUCAACGACGCCACGUGCCUCUCCCCACCGCCCCGGGAGGCCCCGGACGCCCCCCCCCCGCCGCUGCUCUCGUCGGAGCCGAGACCGGAGGCCUCCGCGGAUGGGGACGAGGAAACCGACUCCACCCUCCAGGGGCCUGGUCCGAGCUUGGAGGACAGCGCGGUGGACGGCCUGGUGCUGAGUCCGGGAGUGGUGAGCUCACCUGGGCCGCGUUCAGAGUCCCAAAGGUCGGCUGGUGGAGAGAGCAGAGAGGAGGAGGAGGAGGAGGAGGAAGAGGAGGAUCUGAGUCCUCAGGAGGAGGCGAUGGAGCUCCGGCACUCAAACACUCAGAUUAAAAGAGUCCACUUCAAAGACACUCCCUCAUUUCAGGUGUUGCCAUGUGACCAGGAGGUGACUGAAGGACAAGAUGUCGUCAUCUCAGCCAAGGUGGCAGGGCAGCCCAAACCCAUGGUUCACUGGUCAAAGGACAGGCUGGCGGUGAGGACGGCGGGGCGCUUCUCUGUGAGCGAGACGGACGGCGGCGGCAGUGAAGUGAGGAUCGGCUCGGCUCGGACCGCCGAUGGGGGGCUUUACGUCUGCAAGAUCGUCAACGAGUACGGAUCCAAGCAAGCCGAGUGCAGACUGGAGGUCAAAGCUGCUGCAGCACAAUCGGCUCUGAAAAUCACCCAGGAGGUCAGGGAUGUGGCUGUAAGGGCCGGAGAGUCGGCCAUGUUCGAGUGUCACAUGACGGGACCUCCAGACGUUGAUGUGGACUGGCUCUCAAACGGGAAGCUGAUCCAGCCAGCGCUGCUCAACUGCAAAAUGCACUUUGAUGGCAAGAGGUGCCGCCUGCUUCUUAAUUCGGUUCACGAGGACGACAGCGGAACGUACACCUGCAAGCUCAGCACUGCCAAAGAGGAGUUGACCUCAAGCGCAAACCUGAGUGUCGCCCCCUCCAAGGAGCCUCUGUUCACCCGUAAGCUGGACAUCCUGGAGGUCAUCGAAGGUCGCACGGCCCGCUUCGACUGCAAGGUGAGCGGAUCACCCGCUCCUCGAGUCACAUGGACGCAUUUUGAGACGAGAGUGGAGGAGAGCGAUGACGUUCGCAUCCUUCAAGAGGGGGGUCGUCAUUCGCUCGUCAUCGCCCACGUUAGCGGCGACACGGAAGGCUUCUACACAGCCGUCGCUCAAAACAUUCACGGAAAGUCUGAAUGCACCGCUGAGCUCUACAUGCAAGAGCCUCGAGCUGCCAUCUCCUCUCACUUGGCCAAGCUGGAGAAGAUGCCGUCCAUCCCAGAGGAGCCCGAAGUGCUGGACGGCGAGGUGGAGAAGAGGACCAUGCCGGACUUUGUCAAGCCGCUGGCCGACGCCGAGGUGAUCGACGGCAAAGAGGCGCUGCUGAAAUGCAAAGUGUCUGGCCUGCCCUACCCGACCAUCGCCUGGUACCACAACGGCAAGCGCAUCGAGAGCAGCGAGGAGCGCAAAAUGACCCAGCAGAGAGAUGUCCACAGUAUGCUCAUUCGGAGCGCCUGCCACGCCCACGGGGGCGUCUACAAGGCCGUCAUCUCCAACAAGCAGGGCAAAGCGGCCUGCUAUGCACAUCUAUACGUCACAGAUAUUGUUCCUGACCCCCCGGAUGGUCCUCCAGUGAUAGAAGCCAUCACAGGGAAAACGAUAACGCUCAGCUGGAAGCGACCAAAGAGGCUUGACACUCCCUUUGAUGCCAGCUCCUUGCUGUAUGUGGUCCAGCAGCAGCCUCUGGGCUCGAUCCAGUGGUCCGUCGUGGCGUCCAACCUGAGGGAGACCAACUACACCGUCACCUCCCUGUCCAAAGGGGUCCGCUACGCCUUCAGAAUCCUGACGUCCACCGGGAAGACGCUGAGUAAACCGUCGCCCUCCACUGACUUGGUCCAGCUGCUGGACAGAGGACCCUAUUUAAGGAAAGCCCCGGUCAUUUUGGACAAACCUGAGAUUGUUUAUGUCGUUGAGAACCAACCUGCGAGCAUCACCAUCGCGCUGAACCACGUGCAUGCAGUUGUCACGUGGAAAAGGAGGGGGGUGGUGUUGGUCAACCGACCGGGGAUGCAUGAGAUGAGCAUGCCAGACGACGAUCAACACACCCUGAAGCUCCAGAGGGUCAGGAGCUCGGACGUCGGUCAGCUUGUGGUCACGGCCAGCAACCAGUUUGGCAGCGACCUCUGCACCCUCCAGCUGGCGAUGGCGGUGGCUCCCAAGUUUGAAACCAUCAUGGAGGAUGUGGAUGUUCACAUCGGGGAGACGUCCAGUCUGCUUGUGGUGGUUGAAGGAAAACCAGACCCAGAUAUCCUGUGGUUCAAGGACGACGUUCUCCUCUCCGAGAGCAACCACUUCACAUUCGUGUACGAUGACCCCGAGUACUCCCUCGUCGUCCUCAACGCCCGCCCCGAACACUCCGGAGUGUACACCUGCACUGCCAAGAACCCGGCCGGCUCCAACUCCUGCAAAGCUGAGCUCACGGUUCAUAAAGAGCGAAAGCAAGCGGCCGAGCCAAUGGAGGACGAAGGAUCCAUUCUGAGGAAGAUGAGGCGGUUGACGGAUUACUACGACAUCCACAAGGAGCUCGGGAGGGGGGCUUUCUCCUAUGUGAAGAAGGUGGUUCAGAAGAAAGGAAAGGCCGAGUUUGCUGCUAAGUUCAUUUCUGCGAGCGGGAAGAGGAAAACCUCGGCCCUCAGAGAGAUGGACCUGCUGUCCGAGCUGGACAACGAGAGGAUCGUCUAUUUCCACGACGCCUUCGAGAAGAAGAGUGUGCUGGUCCUCAUCACCGAGCUAUGUCACGAGGAGCUGCUAGAAAGACUGGCCAAAAAAACAACAGUGAAGGAACUGGAGAUCCGCUGGAGCGUCCAGCAGCUUUUAGAAGGCCUCCGUUAUCUUCACCAAAAAGACAUCGCCCACCUAGAUGUCAAGCCGGAAAACAUUUUAAUGGCAAGUCCUGGGAGCGACCUGAUCCGCAUUUGUGACUUUGGCAACGCCGCAAAACUGGAGGCUUCCGAGGAGCACUACUGCAGAUACGGCACGCCAGAAUACGUGGCACCAGAGAUUGUUAACCAAACUCCCGUCUCCACGGCAACGGACAUAUGGCCUGCUGGAGUCAUCACGUACCUCUGCCUGACUGGCGUGUCCCCCUUUGCUGGUGAGAACGACCGAGCGACGGCCUUAAACAUCCGUAACUACAACGUGGCGUUUGAGGAGAGCAUGUUCGCCGACCUCUGCAGAGAAGCCAAGGGAUUCGUCAUCAAGCUUUUGGUGGCGGACCGACUGAGACCGAGCGCCAUCGAGUGCCUUCGUCAUCCCUGGUUCAAGUCGCCAACCAACAAGAGCAUCAGCACAGCUCUGCUGAAGCAAGUUCUGUCUAGAAGACGAUGGCAGCGUUCCCUUAUCAGCUACAAAUCAAAGAUGGUCAUGCGGUCGAUCCCAGAGCUCUUGAAUGAGUCAUCCAACCACGUCUCCAUUGCUGUGGCCCGGCAUUUGAAAGAAGGCUCCCCACCCCCCUCCUCUUCCUCUGACUCCGACGCUGAUGUAGAUGAGCUUCCCUUCAUUCCCAUGCCGCUGUCCAUGGUCUUUUCCGGUUCCAGGGUCUCCCUUAACGAGAUCCCGGGGGAGGAGGAAGUGGACAAGUGGACAAGUGUUGCUGCUGAGGGCACAAGGAAAAGGGACAAUGUGGGGGCGGCAGGUAAGAGGGGAGGGGCUGACGAAGCUCUGAAGAAUGAAGAGGAAACCCCAGUUGAGGAGAAAAUGGAAAAGACGACAGUGGUCCCUCUUGAAAAAGGAACGAGUGUGGAGGCAGACGACACGCAGCCGAAAUCCAGGAGGUCUACGAUGAGACGAGGCAGCUCUGCCGAUUCGGCGCUGCUUCUCCUCAUCGACCCAGAAGAGGGAACCGCCAACAGGGAUCCACAAGACAGCACCAGGAGCCUGAAGAAGGCCGUUUCCAUGGAGCUACCCAAUCGCAGCCCGAGCCCCGGGGCGGCCAAGCUGAGCCAGGAGGAUUACGCCCUCAAACUGGAGCUGAUGAGGCAGCGGCUGCUCAGGGGAGGAAACGUGGACAAAAAGAUGAGCGGCCUGCGGGGGCCCCUGUUCGAGACGCUCGGCAUGGACGACGAGAGGCGGACGGCGUCCCUGGAUCGGAACCUGAGGAGAUCCAGAGCCGCGUCGACGCUCGCCAGAGCCGCGUCCUCGGAGAGCGCCGCGAAGGACACGCCGAAGACCAGAGUAUUUAGUAAAAGCGCCUCGUUCGCUCAGGGGGAUUCGGAGCCCAUGCCCCUGCACCGCAGGUUCGGAGCCCCCUUGGAGAUCCCUUCGGGGGGCAAUGGCGGCGCGGCAGGGGAAAAGCCCCAGGAGGCGAGCUCAAUGUCCGCUAUCGCGGGACAGACACCCGAGUCCGUCUCUCCUUCAAAGAAGAUUUCCUUUGUACUCCCGACGCCAGGGAGGCUGGACCAACAGCAAAAACGGAACGAUGCGAAAGAACGUGAUAUGCAAAGUAUGAAUGAGAAGAACAGGAACGUUACAACGCAGAAAAGAACCAACACCCAGAGCUCUGAGAAGCCCAAUGAAGAAGAAGGUGACUCCAGAUCCCCCUCGGUUAUUACUCCUAUAAUUGUAAUAGAGGAGGAGGAUGAUGAGGAAGAAGAGAAGAAAGAAAAUCAGGAGUUGCACAUUAAUGAAAAGGACAUGAAUGAAGAGAAGGCGCGCACUAGUGAACCCUCCUCUGCGUACGCACGUGUCCUCCAAGCAACAAAUGACACGCGGCCGCCCGAGCACCCGGCGGUGUUUGCCAAGGUGGCGAGCGCCGACCGGCCUCCGUCCUCUGCCUCCACGUCGUCAAACCCCGAGCUCGCCGGCCCCGCCCGCCGACCCGCGCUCAGGACGGACAUCAAGGACAUCGACUCGGAGGAGGUCUUCCAAGCCAGGUUCAAGAAGCGCGAGUCGUCUUUGACCCGCGGCCUCCGAAUACUGACCAGGAACAAGUCGGAGGAGAACUCGCACGCGCCGAGCCGGAAGGCGGGCGAGGGCGGGGAGGAGGUGUACAGGCCGGGGCCGGGGGGGGCGCCCCUUGAGAUGCUCCCCAAAGGACUGCGCGAGAAAUCCAAGUCUGUUCAAGAUUUAAGGGACGAGGAGAGAGAGACCGGCCUCAGGCUGAUCGGGAGGUUCUCCUUGCGGGCCAAGAGGUCCACAUCCGUGGAUAAGAAGGGGGAGAAACCGAAGGAGGGAGAGGCCCGGGAGGCGCAGGAAACCGCUGUGAACAAAAGGGUUUCGUGGGCCAUCGGUCGCAGCAAGUCGCUGGAUCCAAAGGAGCCGAGCGGGCCGCUGGACGAGAAGGAACCAAGGAAAGCCGACGAGUCGUCGGUUUCUGCGAUGAGGCGCAGGUUUGAGUCCAAAGUGGCCGGAAUCUCUGCCAAAAUGAGGACGCAGUCAGAGGACGGGAAGGGGCGAGGCGCCGGGGGGGGGCAGAAGGAGCAGAAGGAUUUGAAGAAAGUCCCCGAUUCCCCGGUGCUGGCGAUGCGGCACAAGUUUGAGAACAAAGUGGCGGGGAUUACGUCCAAGAUCCGCAGUCAGUCCGAGGAGAGAAAGGGGGGUGAGGAGGGAACCGGGACGCCUCAGUUCACCCGCCAUCGCCAUUCCCAGUCCGAGGGGCGGGGGCUCAAGGGGAUGGGCGUCCCCGAGAACCAGCUGGCCAGACAGAGCGGCGGCGGCGGCGCGUCCAAGGAAUCCAUCGAAUCCGCCUGCAGCGCCCACUCCGAAAAAGCCGCAGAGGGCGACAGGCGGUCCCGGUGGGACAGGUGGGGCUUGGCGAGGGGCAAGAGGGACAAAACCCCGUCCCGGCCCGACGUCCCCAAAGAGGAGGGUCUCUCCACCAGCCAGCAGUUCAUCCGCUCGCCUUCGGAUUUCGCCCCCGUGUUCCACAUCAAGCUGAGAGACCACGUGCUGCUGGAGGGGGAGCCGGUCACCCUCAGCUGCCUCCCGGCCGGCAGUCCUCCUCCGGGCAUCGCGUGGACCUUGGACCGCAAGCCGCUGGAGCCGGAGGAGCGCAUCGACCUGAAGUCGCACCCGGACGGCAGGCAGCUUCUCACCAUCCGGAGGUCCAGCCGGAGGGACGCCGGAGUUUACGAGUGCGUGGCGACCAACCCCAUCGCUACUGUCAGCACCUCCUGCACUUUGACCAUAGCCUGUGUCCCAAAACGCCCCGGGACCCCUGAAGUCCCCCAGACCUACAGCAACACUGCCCUGGUGCUGUGGAAGCCAGCAGACACCAAGUCUCCAUGCAGCUACACCCUUGAAAGAAAAACCGAAGGGGAUUCUAAGUGGCUGACCGUAGCCACGGGCGUUGUGGACUGCUACUACAAUGUCACCGACCUGCCAGCAGGGGGCGCGUUCAGGUUCAGAGUCUCCUGCAACAACAAGGCCGGACAGGGGCCGUACAGCGGCUCCUCUGCUCCAGUCAGCCUGGACUCGACAGCGGCUUUGAGCACCGCGGUCCCGGCUCCCCCCGAAACCGCGGCCCCCUCCUCCGUGGCAGCGCCUCCGGUAAAGCCGGUGCAGAACAUUGCUCCCAGCGUGUUCGUCUCCCCCGUCGCCUCCGCCUCUCCAACAGAUGCAGCCUCUCCCACUGCUUCACCUCCGCCCCUUAAGCCUCCACCCUCUCUGCCUUCCUACACCAAACUGCCGCCUGCGGCCCCCCAGGACGCUCCGAAGACAGGCUCCUCCCACCCCCCUUCAGACCCAGUCAAAGCACCUCCACCCUUCGUCCUGCCCAAGCCCCAGAGUCCAGUCAACGUGGUGUCGCCUAUGACCCAGAAUGCAACAGCAUCGCAGCCAUCGGCGACGCCAAUCAAACCAGCAGUGGCCUCCGUGCCCACAUACGCCCCCGCCGCCCGUGGGACCCCGACUCCGGUCUCCUUCUCGCCACCAGUGCUCCAGUCCUCCAGCAUGAGUCCGUUUGGUGACGGGGUCAGCAGCCCCACCCAAAGCGCCGCAUCGGGCCGCGCCGCGCCCUCCGCUGCUCCGCGCCACGCCGUUCCACAGAAGCCGUACACUUUCCUGGACGAGAAAGCCAGAGGUCGCUUUGGAGUCGUCAGAGAGUGUCGUGAGAACGCGACGGGCAAAAUCUACAUGGCGAAGAUAAUCCCUUACAACCAGGAGAACAAGCAGGACGUCCUGAAGGAGUACGAGAUCCUGAAAUCCCUUCACAGCGAGAAGGUCAUGGCUCUGCACGAGGCCUACGUCACGCCGCACUGCUUGGUGCUGGUGGCGGAGUACUGCACCGGCAAAGAGCUGCUGCACAGCCUCAUCGACAGGUUCCGCUACUCUGAGGACGACGUGGUGGCUUACCUGGUCCAGAUCCUCCAGGGGGUGGAGUACCUCCACAACCACCGCGUCCUCCACCUAGACCUCAAGCCCGAUAACAUCAUGGUGACCCACCUCAACGCCGUCAAGAUCGUAGACUUUGGAAGCGCUCAGAGCUUCAACCCCCUCAGCCUCCGAGCGCGGGCCUCGGCCGCGGGGACGCUGGAGUACAUGGCUCCUGAGAUGGUCAAAGGGGAAGUGGUUGGUCCUCCUGCCGAUAUUUGGACCGUUGGCGUCGUCACCUACAUCAUGCUCAGCGGUCGACUGCCCUUUGAAGACAAAGACCCCCUACAAGUGGAAUCCAAGAUCCUGAUGGCAAAGUUUGACCCGUCUAAACUUUACCAAAAUGUGUCCCAAAGUGCCUCCGCCUUUCUCAAGAAGAUGCUGAGCAGUUACCCGUGGGCCCGUCCGACCACGCGAGACUGCUUCACCCAAGCCUGGCUGCAGGACUCGUACCUGAUGAAGCUGAGGAGGCAGACGCUCACCUUCACCUCCGGCCGACUCAAAGAGUUCCUGGUGGAGCGGCAGCGGCGGCGCGCAGAGGACGCCACCGAGCACAGGGUGCCGCUGCGCACCCACCGGAGCUCCCCGGGGGCCCGGAGCUCGCCGCACGUCCCCGGACCCAAAUGAGGCGGUGGUGGCUGUGGGGGGGGGGGGGAAUGCAGCGACGCCCCUCUGGGGGAAAAUGUCCUACGCCGAAAGGAUCCAGAGAUGACAGGAAGCAGAAGGAGGAGACUCGUUGAAUUGAGGAACCUGCUCAGAUGGCCCCUAGUGAGAUCUGAAAGUGCACCUUAAUAUUGGCUUUAGGGAAACAUGGGGCUCCACUCUGCACAUCAGCCCGGGGACAUGUGUCUCAUUCGCUUCUUUCUGUCACCGAAUUAGUAACAACUCAUGUGAAUGUACCAUGGUUUAAGCUGCUAAUUUAUUUUUGCAUUUAAUUACACAUUUUAAAACCAAAAAUAUAUUUUUUUUUUCUUGAAGUUGUUUACUUUUUACAUGUUAAUUUAUUUACAUACGUGAGUGUGUUUGUUUUUGUGUGUGCGUGCGUGGUCAUUUUGAAAUCACUUUUUUCAAAUUCAGAUCGAGUCGGAAAAAGAAAAUUAAAAAUACAAAGUGUCUUUGUGAUUGUGAUUCAAAGAAACUUUUUUAGGGUGAGCUAGGAAUGUUUGGAAAUGUUUCCGUACUGUGGUUGUAAUAAACUAUGAACCGUCUGUAAUGUGGAUUUUACAUCUGACAUGGACAAGUCAUCCACUGGCUAAUUGCUGUGGUUUCUCAGCAUUGCCCGUCAGUUGGUCGCGUUGCUUCGAUCAUGAUCAGAUCAGACCCAGUCAGUGCCUAAAUUGGAUUUAUAUCCAAAGUUCCUGUUGUAAAGGUGUCUCUGGUAGUAGUGGUUCACAAUGGAAUGACAAAUGUUCGACUCCAACAGACUCAUUUAGAUCCUUACAGUACACGCAGUCCUUGUAAUAAUAAAAACUAUUGUGUGUUGCUCUAUCUUAGUGUUCCUUUUUGUAUCAAUUUGAACGUUUGAAGAUUUAUAAAUGUACCAAUUUGCGGUGUUUAUAUGUGGGGAAAAAUUGAAGAUGUUUUUAUGAGAAGGUAUGUAAUAAACUGUUGAUACAAUUGGGAAAAGUUACGUGCUUUGUGAAAUGCAGUUUUGGGCUUGGGUUUCCAAAUGAAUCAUGUGCUUUGAUGGGAUUUUUUUUUUUUUACUUUUAAGAUGUUUGCUGCCAUAAAAAUGUCUCGACACACAAAGUUUGCUGCACAACAAGAGCAUAAACAAUGGUAUUUUAUUUAUUUUAUUAACAAUGGUAUGUCAUGUUUACAAGCAUGCACAAGGACAGAGGCAGCAGUACAAGAUAUAUUGACUUAUUUGUAUAGAUAAUUAAAAGUGCAUGAUUCAAUCCAAAAAAUAAAUGUUUGUUAACUUUCCUGCACCAAACAAUAAUAGCACGGGAAGGAAAACGCACAUCUAUGAGAAAGUAUGACAAAUACAGGAACACAUUGAUACAAAACGUCUUACAAACGAUUUAGACCCAAACUGCACUGAAGCAUUAGUUUCACUUUUAUUUACUGUUAUUCUGCUACUGUAUUUCGGGGGAGAACUAAAUACCCACCGGAGACAGAGGAGGCACUUUAUCCACGGUCCCUGGAUCAGGCGGUUUCAAGGGACCCGAACUGGGCGUUUCUCUGCGGCCACCUCUACUUUAAAAGUUUUCAAUGAUUCUGUCCGAUACACAACAAAUACAAUUGUGCAGACACACAUGUACACACAUGUCCAGGUGUUGCUAAUACGGUGGUAACGUACCGCAGGAGUAACCGUUAGCUGAAGUUAGUUGGUGUUGCUACAUGUAGCCUGUUCGUAAGUUAGAGCGUUUAUUUAAUCGAUUGUAUUGUUGUUGUUGUUUUUUUUAAUGUUUCGUGGACCGAAAUAUUCAACGCUAUCCGCGUAAAUGCACGCGUGUCCGGCGGUAAAUCGGACGUGCUCCGUCGCCAGCCGGCUAGCCGAGUCGUGAGUAACUUUCCUCGGUGCCGCCGUUAGGGACCGCGGUGAAACGCGUCGCCGCCGGGGAGGGCGCGAGGUUGCACGCGGCCUUUCCCCUAGUGCGCCGCUUUAAGGGGAAGCGGGGAGCCUUGAAACCUCCCGUGUUUGUAUCUUGAAGUUGCGAGCGGAGUUGAGCUCCAUGUUGAAUCAAAGUUUCUACCUCCUCGGCGAACGCUUUUUUUGAUUAGAGUUUCACACCUACGACCUUUUU